AUGUUACAUUCGAAGCAGGCUCUCCUGCUUCUCAGCUUCAUUCUUGUGACCACUGCAACUGAUAUAUCGAAUAAUAUCCCAUUUGCUGUGAAAUAUGACGAGUUAGAUUAUGGAAAACAAGCUAUUCCAAAGGAAGAUUCUGAAGGAAUAUCAACUGACAUACAACAAAAGAUUGAGAACUCCAACGAUGAGGAUGAAAGAAAAACACAUCCUUGUUUGGGGUGUCCCUUAGAUCUGAAUGUUGAUGCACAGGGUGUUUCAACAUUAAUCGACACGGCCUUGAAACAUGUAGAGUCCGAACAUGACGAAAAACACGUUUUAAUCAAGGUCCAUAGACUGCAGCAACAGGUGGUAGCUGGAAUAAAAUAUAUUCUCCUCGUUGAAAUAGCACCUACUCUUUGCCCAAAGAACACUCAAGUGUCCUCCUGUCCUAUUGAUCAGAAUAAAGAUUCUUUCUUUUGCCAAAUUGAAUACCUAGAAAAGCCUUGGGUGAACCUGAGAAAAACAAUUAUAAAAAAUAAUUGUACUAUAUCCCAAGAGUUUGUACCCAGUGAGGAAAGUUUUGUCCCCAAAAAAGGUGGAGAUAGACUCAUUACCGAUGACUUCUUGGCAGAUCUGGAAUCUCAGAUUAUACCUGAGACGAGUGUCGGCGAACCCUUGAAAAAUUCUUACUCAUUAAAUGAUAUCCAUGAACCACUUAAUAAUGGACCAAAUUUCAUCAUGCAUAAAGAAGUCCAUCUUGGAAAUGAUGUACCAGAAUUGAUGUCUCCAAAAAUGAAUGAAAACGAUCAACAAGAAGCAAUUUAUGAAGACAUUGUCAAAGAAAAUGCACAGAGAUCUAUGGGUGAAAAUGAGCAACCAGUGCAGAAUCCCCUUGAAGAAAACCAUUCUUUAGAGGACAAUGAGGAACUAGUACUUCUACGACAAAAACGAUCCAAUAAAUCAUGUGGGAAGAGUAGUAGUUCGAGUAGUAGUUCAAGUAGUAGCUCAAGCAGCAGUAGCUCCAGUAGCGAUAGCGAAGACUGUAAAGAAAAAACGGGCAAAAGAGAGCAAAAAAAUGAAGUUGAAACUGAAAAAAAUGAAAUAGAAACUAGUGGAGGUAAAUGGUCUGUUGGAAAAGGAGACAGUUUGUCUAAGAGAGAAAAGAAAUUCUUGGACCAGAUGCUGGCGAAACUGAUAGAUCAGGAAGGUUGGGAAAAUUCUAAAAUAAAAAUUCUGAGUGUGGUCAAAGUGGAAAUCAGCGGUGUGUAUUACCAAGUAGUCUUGAUGGUUGAUACAGAAGCAGUAAUAGCUCAAAGAUGUACCAUCUUGAUACACACUAAUGAAGAAUUAUCCAACCCGGCUGUCACAAAGAUGAACUGCAAUUCCACGAGAAGAAAACGGCAGAUAGGCCUUCCUGGAGGUAUCUCAGAUCAACCUACAGAUGAUCCUAGAUUGAAAAAAUACCUCAACGACGGGUUGCUUCAUCUAGACUCGCAGUCGUCACAUGCUAACAAAUUUAAGAUCCAGGCGAUACUGAAAGCAAGCUCACAGGUCGUUUCAGGUACAUUGUGGCGAAUUCAAGCAAAAGUGAUUCUUUCUGAUUGUGAAAAAAAUCACAAUGGGGCAGUAGAAGACUGCGGAGAACUCGAGGGUGCUCCUUGUAGAAUAUGCAAUUUCAAAAUCUGGGACCAGCCUUGGUUACCACAGGGCAGACUCACGAACAUCACAUGCGAGAAUGAAGAGAGAGUUUAUUCGUUCCGGAUGAGGAGAGAUCUGCAAGCUGCUACGAGGACCAAACGACACGCUUUGGCCGGUGGUAUUAGAAAAAGGCCUACCGAUGAUCCCGAGGUGAAGAAAUUGUUGAACGACGGUUUGGUUCAUUUGGACUCGCAAUCAGCACAUGCUAACAAAUAUAAGAUCCAGGAAAUACUGGAAGCAAGCUCACAGGAUUGUUUUAAGGUUGUUUCUGGUAUUAUGUGGAGAGUCAAAGCGAAAGUAAUUCUCUCGGAUUGCGAAAAAAGCCACAAUGGGGCAGUAGAAGAGUGCGGAGAACUGGCGGGGGCUCCAAGUAGAAUAUGCAAUUUCAAAAUCUGGGACCAGCCUUGGUUACCACAGGGGAAACUCACCAACAUCACUUGUGAGAACGAAGACAAAGUUUAUUCAUUCCGAGUGAGAAGAGAUCUGCAAGAUUACGAAUCAAAGGAAAUAGUAGAAGAACUGUUUUUGUUUUAUAUGAAAAGUUUCAAUAAGAGCUACCCUAGUACAAUGCAUCAAACCAUCCGUAUGGUGAUAUUCCAGGAUAAUUUGAGAACCAUAAAAAAACUGAACGAGCAUGAAGACGGUACUGCCACGUAUGGCCUGACGAGAUUCGCCGACCUCACCAAGGCAGAAUUCGCCCGCAUGACCGGACUGAGGCAGGACCUGCGCAAAGAUGACAACGAAAUUCCCUUCCCUUCGGCAUCGAUACCCGACAUCGAACUGCCCCCCGCCUUCGACUGGCGCGAAAAGAACGCUGUGACUAAGGUGAAGGACCAGGGCAGUUGCGGCAGCUGUUGGGCCUUCAGUGUCACUGGAAAUGUGGAGGGUCAAGCGGCCAUCAAAUACGGAAAAUUGCAGGAGUUUUCCGAGCAGGAGCUGGUCGAUUGCGAUAAGCUCGACGAGGGGUGCAACGGAGGUCUGAUGGAUAAUGCCUACAGAACAUUGGAAAAAAUGGGCGGCCUCGAAUCGGAAAGAGACUACCCCUACGACGCCGAAGACGAGAAGUGCCACUUCGACAAGUCCAAAGUGCGAGUACGAUUAUCGGGCGCGGUCAACAUCAGCCAGGACGAGACCGAGAUGGCCAAAUGGCUGGUGCAGAACGGACCCAUCUCCAUCGCCAUCAACGCCAACGCGAUGCAAUUCUAUGUGGGCGGAGUGUCUCAUCCGUGGAAGGCUCUGUGCAACCCCAAAUCGUUGGACCACGGGGUGCUCAUUGUGGGAUACGGAGUGCACACUUAUCCCCGCUUCAACAAAACCCUACCAUAUUGGAUCGUGAAGAACUCUUGGGGCGAAUCGUGGGGAGAACAAGGUUACUACAGGGUGUACCGAGGAGACGGUACCUGUGGGUUAAACCAGACCCCCUCUAGUGCCAUCGUUGCCUAA